AUGCCCGGCGUUGCCCUUCACCCCGUUCCCCUCUUUCAGCCCAUCACCGCCACGUCAGAGAAGCGCAUCACAGAGGUUUUAGAGACACUGUGGGCCCAGCACAAGUCCGCUCUGCCGGCGCUCCUUCAGCGCACCGCCGAUCGCGGCACGUCGGACUUGCCCACCUCGCAGAAUGACCUUCGCCUCAUGGCGUACGCCUUCCUCGUCGCACGCAACUGGAAUGUGAAGAAUGCGGUGAACAUGGCGAACGAUGCGUGCCGCUUCUGGGAUAAGUUCCGCUUCGGCGAGCAGUCGCCCUUUCCAUCUGGCUUCUCGAUUCGUGGGUACGACCAAGCAAACGUCGCAGCCUGGACAAAGCUGCCGAUGGGAACAACGACUACACCGCUCUAUAGGUGCAUGAAGACAAUGACACCGCUGGUCCAUGGCGGAUUUCACUACUGGGACCGCCGCGGUCUGCCGGUGGCGUACUGGCUUGUCGGGCGCAUGGAUACGCACUCAGUACUCCGGAAACUGAAGCCGCACGUUGCGGUUGGUACCUCGAUCGAAGACUUCUUCCAGCUCUUCGGAGGCGGCAUUAUCCAGACGGGUUGGGCACUGUGCAACUACCAGGACGCCGUUCUCGCAGCCCACCCGCAACCCGGGAUCGACAUGGGCGCACCUCGACGUAACUUCUGCACCAUUGUUGUGGACUGUAAAGGCCUCAGCUAUAAGAUGAUCGACAGGCAGUUGCUGGAGAAGACGAAGGCGACGCUGCAGCAGAUGACCUGCGUGUUUGCCGACUUUAUCCACCGCGUCAUUGCCGUAAACUGCCCGCCCAUGGUGAAGUUUGCCUACAGCCUCCUGAAGUCUGCCAUGAACGACGGCGUGCAGGCAAAGAUUACAUUUGUGGCGCCCGAGAACACGGCGGCGGCGCUCGACUCUGCCAUUGGUCUGGAGCGCGUGCCGACUUUUCUUGGCGGCCAUUGCAACUGUGAGGGCGGCUGUGUCGCCUCCUAUAACCCGAGCGCCGCCUUCGCGGCCGAGGAGAUUGGCGAUGAAGGCGACGUUGCCACGGAGUACAUCACUGUUGGACCUGGCAAGAAGCACGAGAAAGUGUUCGAGUUGCAGCAGGGUGAGGAGGUGAUUUGGGAGUUCUCGACGACCAAAGGAACGGACGUGCGCUUCUCUGUAAUGUUCUACCCGAAGCAACAGGGCGUGACAGCGCAGUCAAAGAGAGGAAAGGUAAGGGUCCGCAUCGACAAGGGUGUGAAGCGCACAACGACCGAAAACCCGGUAGUGAGGCAGGAGAAGCUGAAGGACGGCGCGGAGAGCUACAUGGCUCCGGAGGACGGCAUUCUUCAGCUUGUCUGGGACAACAGUAAGUCGAUUGUGGGCGACAAGGGCAUUCAGAUGCGUGUCUACAAAUCGGAAGCCAUGGCGGAGUUGCUACCAGACGAAUAA